UUGUUGCUAUGUGGUGGCUAUUUAUUAUAUACUGUUUUACAAUUUUUGUUAAAUACUCCGUUUGUAAAAAUGCCAGCCAUGGCUGUUCAAUGGGAUUUGCUACGCGUUGCUGUUGUUUCCAUUAAUUUUGCCUGUUUUCAUUGAUUUAGCCUUUUGUGGGAAAUUCUAGUGAAACCCCUGUUAAAUGUAAGUGUAUAUUGGCAUCAAGUAUAUGGACUGGGUGUUAGAUACAAUGCUUAUUGAAUUGAGGUUUUACAUAGCAUAUAUCAUCUAACAUGUAACAUCAAAACAGAUAUAUGCGGAAUGAUUUCAUGAGAAAUCUCAUUAUGUGGAAAGAACUCAGAAUUAAGGUUUGAAUAUCAACUUCACAGACCCAGAAUAUCCAUCCCAGCCAGCAAAUAUGCAGCUUGGCCCAACAAACUUGCUACUUGGACCAGCAAACAUGCAGCCUGGACCAGCAAACAUGCAGCCUGGACCAGCAAACAUGCCAACAGAACAAGGACCGUCUUGGCCAGCAAAUAUGUCCAGGCCAAAGAAUCUCCUUGGGUUGGCUGCAAAGAUACCUGGAGACGAAGGGGACAUAUUCACCCUGGAUACCUCAAUUAAUACAUGUUGUGGACUGGAUUUCCCAUCUAAAGCCUGUAUGGAACACCACACUAUGGUUGUCCAUAACCGCUUCUGUGAGGUCUGCAAUAGUAGGAUUGACAGCGACAAAGAUGCAGCCAACCAUGGUCUCCUUCAUAAAGGAGUUAAAGCCUACCAGUGUCAGUUCUGUUAUAAACUACUAGGGUCAAAUUCAGGCCUGAAGACACACAUGACCCCUGAUGUCAUGUGCAAAAUGUGCAACAAGCUGGUGUCAUUUACAAACAGACGCAGGCACAUUUGUGUGAAGUCAGCUAAAAAAUAAAAAUGUACUGGAUAAACUUGAUAUGGAUAUUUUCUGUAACUGACAUCAGCAAUGAAUUAGAUUCACCUGACACCAGCA